AUGCGAAAUCGUGUUCCCUUUGCGUUCAUCGUUCCCUUGUGCUUCCUUCUUCUUCCGCCGAUCAACGUGAUAUCGGCGGGAAUCGAAAAUGUGUUGGAUGGACACGAAUCUAAGGCGUACGAAAAAUCGAUUUUUCCAGGAAACGAUGAAAAUAACGGACAAUCAUCGAACGAGGCGUUGAAUAAUUUAUCAGAAACGGCGGGGCUGAACGAAGACAGAACGAAUCGUGACAAGGAUUCAGGAAAAGCAGACGGUUCGGUUAGUCAAGUUCGGUGCUCGGAUUACGCGUUGACGGAGGAAAGGUUGAAAGAGAUCAGAUCCGAGUUGAUGUACUGGUUCUUCGACAAAGGGGGCGAGAAUAACGAAGGCGAUUACCUGAAGGAAAUUCGAGCUUCGACACCUCAAACGAAUAAGAAUUUCACUUUUCAACUGCCCUUCUUCGGGUUCAGAUUCGAUUACACCAGAGUAUCGAUGAACGGCUACUUAGAGUUCACCGACCCUCCAAAACAUUACACGUAUCCUCUCGUGUUCCCGGUCAAAUGUUGGCCGAAGGAAAACGAUCCCAGUUUCAUAGGGAUAUUUUUCAGUAAAUGUCGCAUAGGGGAAAUACGGCCAACAGACAGAGACCAGAGGAAGCCAGGUGUAUACUUUAGGAUCGAACGAGAUUUGCGAACGAGGAGAGACCAAUUCGGGGUCGAGAUGCGCGAACGUCUCAAGUGGGAUGUUCGCGAGGGUAUCACUGGCGCAGAAGCUUUCGUGCCAAAACACGCGAUCACCGUCACGUGGAAGAGCGUAUCGUUCAUGGGCGGUGUCGACGUGUCCCUUUACACCACCAACACUUUCCAAAUGGUCCUGGCAACUGACGAAACGAACACCUACGCGAUGUUUAAUUAUCCGGACAUUCGGUGGACCAGUCACACGGAGGCCGGUGGCGACACUGUGCACGGCGAUGGUGGCGUCUCAGCAUUCGUUGGUUUCAACGCUGGAAAUGGGACAGGAAGCUACGAAUACAAGCCUUACUCUCAAACCCCGUACAUACGUGAUCUAACCAGAACAGGAUGGGUAAACGGUUUUCCAGGACGACACAUGUUUAAGAUAGACGAAAAAAUAAUUCCUGCAGUUUGCAGCUAAAAUAUUGU